AUGCUUUCUAUUCUAAUUCUUUCUGUUCUCACGGGCCUUGCUUUUACCGACCCACAUAUUCUCUAUCUGAAAAAGUUCCCCAGUGGAGUGACUUACACGUUCGAUGCGGUAGAAACGGGUGCGAGAUUGUAUAUCGCUUCGAAUGAUGAUGACAGCUAUCUGAAAAAUAUCCAGAUUUCAACAAAUGGCGUUAAUAUGACAUUAGACCAGCUCAACAACUUCAACAAUAACGAUACACCAAAAAGCCUCGUGAUUACAAAUGGGUUGACUUUGAGGAGCACUAACAUUGACACAAUAACCAAUGUGCUAACCGGAUAUCUUUAUGUUACUACCAAGAUUCAAGCGGAUGACCCAACAUUCUCAGUAUUUGUCAUCAAGACCAAGACAACUGUUUUCACAACUGGAGCUGCAAAGUCCACAGCCGUAAUUUUGAAUACAGAACUUAUAUCUGAUUCUCCGGACUUGGACAAGCCCCUCAAAACGUCUUAUGUAUCAGCUAUCAAUCAAUCUCCAGAGAUUGACCUUCGCUUCCAUUAUGACAUUCCCGGAUUCAACUGGACUUAUAUAACUAUCAAUCAGUUCUUCGAAAAUCCACUUUACAUUGAUAACGUGAAUUUCGACACGGGUUAUGUGUAUAAUGCAACGAGACAGUAUUUCGAUAAUGUAGAGCCUCUUCAAAUUGGAUUGGACUACUGGUACCUCACCACUAACGGUGCAGUGAGUAUGGUUUUGGAGAACAAGUACGUGAGUAAUCAUGUCUACACAACGACGUCAGUUAACGCCACUGGUCUGAUUGUCAACAACUACAUCUAUCAACAGCACGUUGUGAAUUUCUUAUUGGAUUACACCUAUAGCAGGACAGUUGGCACAUUGAUCACAACAUUCCCCAAUUCCGUAAAUUAUAUAAGUUUCGAUUUGCAACCGGAUGAUGGAAAUGGCAUUCAACAAAACUUCAACAUCAAUGCAACUGUGAAACACGCGUUGAUGACCACUUAUUUCCAAGCCUCAAAGCUGACUAUAAACUCAACUUCACUGUUUCCUGGCACAUUCUACUGUCAAUAUUAUGGGUACACCGGAGGUCUUGCGCCGGUUACAACUACAACUGUGGCCCCAAGUACUGUGACGAGUACUGAAGCUUCUUCAACGACGACAACGACCGUAGCAACUACUACAAAAAGUUCUUCAACUCAGCGUGUUGUUCAGUUGAUUAUCCUAGAUGGUGGAAACUUGUAUUUGGCAUCGAAUGAUGACCCAAAUAACUUGAAAAAUAUUCAAGUGGUGACAGGAGGACACACUUAUUUGUUAUCCGACUUGGCCAAAGUAAAUCCUGAUGGCACUCCAAAUAAAAUAACUCUCAACGGAGGACUCACUCUGACCACCACUAACCCCAACGCUGUCUCCUACACCCUAACCGGUUACUUGUAUGCUACAACUGCUCAACAAGCACAGGACGCUUCAUUCUCUGUCUAUGUGAUCACAGGUUCCCAUCACAUCAACUUGAGUGGUGUAGCUGCUACUACGGUAAUUCUGAACACUCAGUUGGCAGCACAAUCUGGAGAAUCUGACCAGCCAGGGAAAUCCACGUAUUUGACAAAUCUGAUGAUGACGCAGGCUGAAAAUGUAUACUUUCAAUACGGAGUACCAGCUAACAACUAUAAGAGUGUGACUUCCAACCAAUUCUUUAUGAAUCCCUUCAACUACACGACUAUCGACAACAAUGGGAAUCCAGUAAGCACAACUAGACUCUUUUUCGACCACGUGGAGCCACUCCAAAUCGGUCUCGACUAUUGGUACAUCACCUCGUAUGGACCAGUUACAAUGGAUAUGCAGAAUAAUUAUGUUGCUAACCAUAAUACAACAACAACCAGCGCUAACACUACUGGUCUAUUGAUCAAUAGCAACUUCAUCUACUCGAAUCACAUCGUCAAUUUCCAGUCCGAUCCGACUCGUGGAAGAUCUGUCGGUACUAUGAUCACAGCGUACUUGACCGCCAGCGUCAGUUUCGUGUUUCGAGGAAGCAACGGAAAUUUCGUGCAAACAUAUGAUCAGACGAAAAACACGACACACCUAAUUAAAACUUCGCCAGUUGCCGCACAAUUGUUGAAUGUGACAGCGUCGAACUUCAUUGCUGGAACAUUCUAUUGCCAGUACUUUAGUAUUAGCACAGACGUCCUCCCAGUAGUCACCAGCACUACUACCACUACAGUCCCCGGAAGUACUCAAAGCACUCAAACUCAGGCAACCGCCGAGUCUACUGUAAGCAUUGGAACGGGGUCAACGCAGUCUACAGUAUCUGGCAAUCCUACAGUAACCACCACCACACCGAUUCCUGGAACAGAACUUUGUAGUUCUGCCAGUCUGACACUCCAACUUUACAAUUAUAAGUCAGCUACACCCACAAAAGUGAACAAUGUGGAGGACGGCUCAAAGGUUUAUCUGUCUUCUAAUGAUAAAGCUUUAAUGCUUAGCCGGAUCACUUUAUCUUCAAACGGCCAAACAAAGAACUUGCAACAACUUUUGGGUGACUUCGAUGCUAAUGGUUACUCUAAUGGGUUUCCUGUAAACAGUGAUCUCACGAUAGCUACCACAAAUACUGAAGCCGAAACUGAGACAUUGAAUGGAAUAUUAUUCAUUUCCAACGCAGCCAUGGCGAAAGACCCAAACUUUCUGGUGUAUCUUGUCUCGGAUCAAGUGAAGACAAUCGAUCGAUCGACUACUAACGAGACCACCUUGUUACUUCUCAACAAAAGAGUCGAGCGUACCGCUACGGAUCCAGUGAACAAGCCUUUGUACAACGCCAGAAUGGAAAGUAUUAUUCAACCGAAGAGCACCAGUUUUAGGAUGUAUCAAGGGGUACCUAGCGAUGGUUAUACGGAUCCAACUUAUCAGGAAACGAUUAGGAAGAUGAUUUUUAGUAAUCCAGUUUCACUCUUCCCAACAGGAAAUAAUGAUGCAGAUACUGCCUUUUUCGACAACAUUGAGCCAAUUCAAUUCUCAAUGCGCAUCUGGUACAUUCGUGCCACCGGAGGAGGCAUCACUCUCAAGGUGUCUUCCGAAUGGCGCGAUCUGUCAAAGUACGAAACCACAAAGGAAACGACGACCGGUUACACAAUGACUCAGUAUACCAGUGACAAUUCGACCACAAAUUUUAGGAACACACCCGGUCAUGAAGGCAUGUUUGGGUAUAUGAUGACAACUGCCGAUCGGCAAACAGGUAUAAAUGUGACAAGUUGCAACGAGAUCGAUUGUGUCACCGAACCAUUUACUAUGCAAGUGUUCGCGGACAAGUUCCAGUAUAACCGAAACGAUACAGUAAUGUAUGUAGACUAUGCAAAUCAAAAGUAUGGAUACUUCUACUUGCAAUACUUUAGAAUCGAACUUCGACAGCUACGUGAUUACAGUCUAACGGAUCCUGUUAGGAUAGCUUAUGUGGAAGACGGCUCCAACCUCUACCUUUGCUCAUCCGAUGAUCCUGCUACUCUUAAUGCUAUCACAAUAUCUUCCAACGGCCUUACCGUAUCCCUUGACCAACUACUAACCAACUUCGACGCGAACGGAUUUCUUCUCGGCUUCCCUGUCAAUAGCGAUUUAAUCAUAUCUACACAAAACAGCGCAGAUGUCACCAAUAACUUGAACGGAGUGCUCUUUAUAUCCUCACGAGACAUGGCAAGGGAUCCAAACUUUUUCGUUUACUCAGUCAUCGAUAAAACCCUUAUAGUAAAUCGACCUACUAACUCCAAUACCACUCUGGUUCUUCUCAAUCCGCUAGUCAGCAGGCUUCCAAGUGAUCCGGAGUACAAGGCACUCUACAAUACCAGAAUAGAGAAUAUCGUUCAACCAAAGACAACUAAACUUUGGUUUUACAAAGAUAUACCUGAAAAUGGGUAUGAUGACCCGGACUAUCAGGUAACAGCUGACAAGUCGAUAUUUACGAAUCCAGUGAACUAUUGGCCGGCAGAGACACCCAGUACAUACUUUUUCGACAACAUCGAGCCGCUUCAAUACUCCCUGCGUGCUUGGCACAUCCGAGCCAUCGGUGGUAUCCAGCUUACAAUCUCCCAGCAAUGGAAAGAUCCAUCUGAAUCCAUAACGACAAGUCCAACGACCACAGGAUUCGUGAUGAGCCAGUUUCAUACUGUGGAUACUGUAGUGAACUAUGUGUUUCAUGAGUAUCAUGUAUGCGUUUUUGGAUUGUUGGUUUCAACACAGUUGUUUGCUGAUGUUAACGCAACAAUGUGCAGCAAUAUUGAGUGUGAAACAUUGAGAAUGCAUCAAACGCCACCAAUGAUUUCGAAAAUAUUCGAGUGGAACUUGAACACCACUAGUCUUUAUAUAAAGCCAUCGCGGUUGGACUCGGGCGUUUUCUAUAUGCAGUAUUUUCGAGUGGAUAUUAAUGAUGACACUAAUAGGACACCAGCGUCUCGAGACAAAGCGGUGCAUUUGUCAAAGAUCACAUUGGCAUCGCAAGGAAAAACUAUUACACUAGACAAACUGCUCUCUGGCCAUGACGCCAAUAGCUUUUCAACCGGGUUCCAAAUCAACAGUGAUGUAACAGUGACAACAACCAACUCUAUGGAUGUGACUAAAAACUUGACCGGAGAAUUUUUGAUCAUAACACCAGUCAUGGAUAAAGACCCGAAUUUCCUGGUUUACGCAGUCAGAGGAUCCAAUAUUGUUCUCGACAGAAGUCAAGCAAAAGAUACAACGAUUGUAUUCUUGGCAACUCCAAACAUGAAUACUGCUGGCAAUCCAAAUUACGCUGGAUUCAAGCAUAUUCGAGUGGAGAACAUCGUUCAACCCAAGACUUCUUACAUCUACUUCUAUAAGUACCUGCCGACUGACUUCUACGCUGAUGUCAAUAGUGUGGACGCAGUGGAAAGAAACAUAUUUUCGAAUCCAUUGAAACACCCACUCGGCGGUCGAGUACCCACAUUCUUCGACGCCAUUGAUCCUCUUCAAUUCUCAGAGACAAUGUGGUUGCGAGGAGUCAACGGCGGAUUCCAGUUAAAUGUCUCCGACACUUAUGUGGAUACAACCACAAUUCAAGCGGGUGCUGUAACUGUUACCGGGAUGACUAACAGUCAACUCAUGACUUUGAAUAGUCAAGUCAACUUUCCAGCAGCGGGAGGGAAUCGAGUGGGUAACAGUGGUUAUGUAGUGUCAACGGAGUUGUUCGAAUAUAACAAUUUGACGAUUCAGCUAAACGGACAGUUAAACUCUCAAUCUGCUGAUUUCCAAAUAAUCAGCGGUCAAGAUGCAACCAACAACCUCCAAGAGCAAGCCUGGGAAGCUGGCAACUUGCAGAUAGUCCCCAGUAACAUUUUCGCUGGAAUUUACUACAUUCAGUAUUUUAAUGUUGAUCAUGGACCAGUCACCAUGGCACCUGUAACAACUACAACUACCACUAAGCCACCAGUUGCUGCAACCUCAACGUCUACAGCAGCUCCAGUAAACCCCGUCUCCUCAUCUUCCUCCGUUGCACCAACCAAUCCACCUACAACCUCUCAAACUGCAACAACUUCGGGAUAUCAAACGACAACGAAAUCCAGUACAACUUCUACUGUGAUGAUUUCAAUGUUGGCCGUCACCUUUUUCACUUGUGUUCUUUAA